AUGGAGAGAAUCGACAUUCACACCCACUGUGUGCCACCCUCCUACCGCGAAUAUUGCCUACAGAGCGACUUCGCAGGCAGAGGCCACCCAGAUGGAAUGCCCGCGAUCCCAGAAUGGAGCGCUGAAUCACAUAUUGACCUAAUGACCAAGCUGCAAAUUAAAAAAUCGGUGCUAAGCAUGUCGUCGCCAGCAACACAUCUAACCCCGGGCAACGACGAAGAAGGCCGAACCGUAACUAGGCGCGCCAACAUCGACAUGUCCAAAAUCUGCGCCGAUCACCCAACCCAUUUCCUCUUCUUCGCCUCUCUCCCCCUUCCAGACGUGGAAGGCUCCCUUGCAGAAAUAGACUAUGCACUAGACCAUCUUGGCGCAGUGGGGUUUCAAAUCCUGACCAAUUCGCAUGGCAUCUACCCGGGUGAUCAGCGCUUUAGUCGUGUUUUUGACAAAUUAAGUGAGCGAAAGACCAUCGCUUUCUUUCACCCGACUACCUGUCUUACCCGGCACGACGAUGACUCCAUAGAGAAGGUGAUACCGCUUCCUAGUGUUGCUGCACCUAUCAUGGAGUUCAUGUUCGAUUCUACGCGGUCGCUUAUGAGUCUGCUUACUUCUGGGACAGUUGAUCGGUGUCCUGGGAUUACGUUUGUGGUUUGCCAUUGUGGUGCGACUUUCCCUCCGAUUAUGGAGAGGAUUGCGGAGUUCUCAUCUUUGAUUCCCGGUUCGGACGGUAUUAGUGGCGAGAGGAUUAAGGAGUUGUUGCAGACGCGUUUCUAUUUCGAUCUUGCCGGUGUGCCGUUCCCAGAUCAGAUUCAUGGUCUUCUGCGGCUGGUUGAUUCGUCCAGAUUGCUGUAUGGGAGUGACUAUCCCUAUACCCCUGCGGCGUUGGCUGAGUCUUUAGCUAAGAGAGUGGAUGAUGGAUUGCAGACUCUAUUUGGAUCAGAAACAACGGAACGAAUUUUGUUGGAUAAUGCGCAGCAGAUUCUUGGGGAAACCCAUGAAUAG